AAGUCAUAUAUAAGAGUAUUCGGAAUUGUAUUUUUUUUAGUUGAGAAGUAUCAUCAUCACACUUAUUUAACAUUUUUCGUGUUCUUUCACAAAGUCAAAAAAUGGAUUUUGAUCGUAAUAAAUUGAUUCUUACAAUUUUCAUCGCAAUAUUUAUUCCAAAUGUACAAUCCUCUACAGAAACUGAAUUAAAAUGCGAGCCACUGGAAAUAAAGAAUGCACAAUUUGUUACACUGGAAAAUUAUAACGAAGGGCUCGUACUUUGCAAUGAUUUUCAUGUACUACAAGGAGAUUCUACUCUAACUUGCAUUAAUGGAAAAUGGAGUGGUGAACGACCCAUAUGUAUUCCUUAUACGUGUUUGAAAACAUCCGAAACGUAUUACUACAUCGAUAAUGGAAUGGCAGAAGAUAGAAAAAUUGGUGUCGAUGGACAAGUUUUUAUUGCAUAUAGUUGCAAUAAAAAUUAUACAUUGAUAGGAAAAAACUGGGCAGUAUGUUUAGAUGGAGAAUGGUCAAAUCUACCACCUCAAUGUAAAUUAUCGGAAAAUCUCAAAUGUCCAAAAAUUAGUUUUGAAUAUGGACAAAUUGAACUAAAUGACGAAGGUGACAUUGCGACAUUAACCUGCGAUUUAAAUUAUUCCCUUAGUGGAAAUUCAACAAUAAUAUGCAGUAAUGGAAAAUGGGAACAAAAAAAUUAUCCCCAAUGUAUUGCAAAUGACUUUUCAUCGUUUACAACUCAUUCCAUUGAGUGUUCUAAUGGUUCUUCAGUACGUCAUUUUAAUAUUGAAAAUGGUGAAGUUGCUUUUCAAGAACUAGAAUAUUCAGGACUUACAUUUUUAAAAAAUUAUUGCAACAUAAAUUACACAUUGAUUGGCGAAAAUUGGUCAAUGUGUAUAAAUGGAAAAUGGUUUAAUGAUCCACCUCUAUGUAAAUUAACAAAGGAACUGGAGUGUCUUCCAUUUCGUUAUAGAAAAAAUUUUCCUACAUUCACUAAGAAUGGCAAAGAACUACAUGCAAGAAUAGAAUGCAAUGAAUUUUCUUAUUAUAAUGGUAAAGAAAAAAAAUCAGAAAAUUUAAAUGCAGCUAUUGGAGUGAAUAAAUGCAUUAAUGGAACUUGGGGCAUAAAUAUUGAAAGUGACAAAACUUGCCUACCUUUGCAAUGUCAUACUACAGUUGAAAAUGGACGAGCUUCAGUUUCUAAAUGGUUCAUGUCAAUGAAAUUGUAUUGUAAUACAAAUUACGAGCCUAUUGUAGAUGAAAUUUUAAACUGUAAUCCAUCUACUGGUAGAUGGCUUCCUUCAUAUAGUUAUAUACCAUAUGAAAGUAGAUAUGCAAUUACCAACUGUUAUCAUCAUAAUUGCUUAAGUAAUUCUACGUUUAAUAAUUUAUCAAAUGGAUAUGUAAAGAAAACUUUUCCUGACAAGAAAACGGUUACUUUAAAUUAUUAUUGCAAUGAAAAUUAUACACUGAUCGGAGAACAAUCAGUAACUUGUGAUGAUGGAAAAUGGUUGAAAACACCACCUCAAUGUAAAUUAACAGAAACACUGAAAUGUCCACCGUUCGAAUAUGGAAGUUCAAGUGUAACAUUUCUGGAAGAUGGCAAUGUUGCUAGAAUAAAUUGCGAUGAUUCUGGUAGUUAUUUAAGAACAAUAGAAAUGACAGCAGUCCGAGAAAACUUAUCUAUGGGAGAGCGACGAUGCAUUAAUGGAAAUUGGACAGGUGAUAUUAAUUACAAAAAUUGUGAACGUUGUGUACGAAUAAAUAUGGAUAAUGCAAUAAUAAUGAAUGACGAAUGGGAUACGACAAUGACAAUAUAUUGCAUUUCAAAACAUGUGCUUGAAGGAGAUUCAAAUUUUAUUUGUCAUCGUAAUAUUUGGGUACCUUCUACGAGUGAUGGAGAAUUGAUUGUUAAUUCUGAAAAAAAAUUCCCACCUGUUUGUAAAUAAAAGAUGUGGAUAAAUAUGAAAUUUUCAAUCUGAGAGAACGAAAAAAAUUAUAUACCUAUAUGUUUGAAUAAGAUAACAAAUAUUUUAUUUUAUUAAUUGUAACGCACGAGGAACUUGUUACUCUCUAAAUUUGAAUCAACUUUAAGUGGUAUAGUUGAAUCAUCGAGAAUCCGCGUUGAUUCAGAUUUAGAGAGUAUAUAUAUUUCUCAUUUUGUUUUUUUAAUGCAUGUGAAAUGAGGAUUGAAUAACAUAUGUGAGUCAGUGAAUAUACACACUGAGGGGAUGAAUUAACAGUUUAUUGUACAUUCCAAUACGGUGCAUGUUUAUUCCAUUGCAAAGUCUUAAAGGCCUAUAAGCAAUGUGAACGGUGCAGCAUCCGGUCAAAUAUUACAUUCCAAGCAAGGCUGAAGAUACUAUUCACGAUAGUAAUUGCAUUUUUUCAAUCGGAUUCUUUGCAUAAAUAUCUCAUUGACCACAUUUCUAUAUACAGAAAUUCCAUAACAUACUUUUAUUUUUUAAAUUAAAUAAGAAAAAGAUAGACUAUAAAGACGCUUUUUUAAAAGUAAUUUAAGUGUUUAACAAACUCAAUCUAAAGAAAUUGAUUUGAGGAACAAAAAAUCAGAGGUUAUGUGUAUGAUAAUUUUACCUUGAUUAAAAGUUCUUUUUCUAAUUAUAUGUAAACUCAAAAUCAGUUUUUAUUUUUGAUGUGUAAUGAUAACUUAAACAUGAUAAAAAUUUUGCAUUGAAAGUUGAUACUUUUUGUGUAUUUUUACUCUAAUCAAUCAUAAACAUAACCUAGAAUUUUUUGCUUUAUUGAAUCCCUUUCUUGAUAGUUAUACCGAUUUCCUUAGGUGAGAAGAGGGAGAAAGAAUGUAUCGAAUGGGGUCGCUGCCGUUGAAGGCAAACGACUGCGCUUGCUAUGAGCAUGCACAAAACGACACCAUUCACAUUCAGAUGACUAAUUUCUCCACUGGGAAUUUUAACCUUUUUUCCUAGAUUCUAUAUUAAACAAAUACCUAAUAGUUACUGAAAGAAAUGAAAAAAAAUUUCAUAUUCACGAAAUUAUAUCCGUAAUUUUUAUUUUUGACAUUUGUCGCUUGUUAUACAUGAUAAAUGAUAAUAAAAUAAUGAAAAAUAUUUUA